UUUUUUUUUUUUUCUCUUUGUUUCUUUUUACUUUGCCAUUUUUUGGGUGGAAAAAAACAGUUUUGGUUUUUGUGUGUGUGUGUGUGUGUCUUUCCAUCUUUUGUUUAUUGAUUGGAUCAUGUCCUUUGAUGAAAGCUCGGAAGAUAAUGUACCGCGUUUGGUUCGACAAGGAGCUUUUCAUCAACGGGACAAACCUUCAUUAUUUAACAAGACACCACCUCUAGAAGAAACCAAACGAUGUACGAUUUGUUUAAAUACAAGAGAAGGGGAUACUAAAUUCAUUGCUCCAUGUUGUUGUCGUGGUUCUGUACAAUAUGUACAUGAACAAUGUCUUAAGGCUUGGAUUUUACGUUCACCUCAAUGUAAUGUAUGUUUGGAAUAUUAUUCUUUUCCAAAAGAAACUAAAUUAUGGCAUGAUUAUCAUUUAUUAUGGACGUUUCUUGUCUUAUUAUUGGGACUGAUGAUGGUGAUGUUGGCUGGUCAAAUCAUUCGAUGUUCUGAACCAAGAAAAAUCCCCGUUAGCAAGUUUCAAUCUAGUAAACAACGUCCUGGUGCUCCUGAUUAUAUAUGGAUUCCUGUUUUCAAAAAUACAUGUUGGCAAGCAGGGAUGGGUGCUUUAUUAUCUCCUUCUCAAUAUAUCACCUUAUUUCUCCUGUGUUUUGGGUUUUUGAUCUAUCAUCGAAGACAAGUCUCUGGAUGAUCCUUAUGGUAUCUCAAAUGAUGUAUAUUCCCCUCUUUAUGAUGUAUAUAUAAUAUUCUCCUUAUUUAUUAUUAUUCUUCUUAUUAUUCUUCUUAUUAUUCUUC